CCAGACUUCUAURAGGAAUUAACGAGAGGGGAAAAGCAGAAGACAGAGCAUCGUAUCAGCUGACAUCAUGUAUCARACAUCCCUAAAAUGACUCCCGGUACCUGAUCAGGUGAAGACAUACAUGUCAUCCAGUGUSUGUCUCCCAGAGGAGGAUCUCUCCUGUCCUGUGUGCUGUGASAUCUUCAGGGACCCUGUCCUCCUACCAUGUAGCCACAGCUUUUGUAAGACCUGCCUACAAUGCUACUGGAACACCUCARCCCUCAGACAGUGCCCUGUCUGCAGGAGAAGAGCUUCCAAGCGCACCCCUCCCUCCAACCUGGCWCUGAAGAACCUCUGUGAAGCUUUGCAACAGGGCAGGAUUCAGAGCUCAGCGGAGGGGAACAGUGURCUUUGUAGUCUACAUGGAGAGAGACUCAGAUUCUUCUGUCUGGUGGACAAGCAGCCUGUCUGUGUAGUGUGCCAAGMCUCGAAAAUACACAAGAACCAUGACUGCGUACCCACAGAGAAGGCAGCACAGGAUUGCAAGGAUGAGCUCAACGUAGCACUGAAAACCUUACAGGAUACUCUGGACUCCCUCAUUAGACUGAAGGGAACCUCUGAAGAGAUGCUCGAGCCCAUUAAGAAUCAGGCCCUGGAGACAGAGAGGCAGAUAAAGGAUCUGUUUGUGGAACUCCACCAGUUCCUGUAUGAUGAAGAGGCAGCGAGGCUAGCUGCUCUGAAGGAGGAGGAAGAGGAGAAGAUAGGGCUGAUGAAGAGUACGGUGACAAAGGCUGCAGCAGGGAUGAUAUACCUCAAAGAGACUAUAACAGUCAUAACACAGGAGAUGACAGAUGCUGAAGACAUGACAUUGCUCCAGAAUUUUAAAGCCACUAUAGAGAGAGCCCAGUGCACAGGGCAGGGUCCAGAGACAAUUUCAGGGGCGCUGAUUGAUGUGGCCAAGCACCUCUGUAAUCUCAAGUACAGAGUCUGGAAGAAAGUGCUUCUGCAUGUUGAAUACACUCCUGUGACCUUGGACCCAAACACAGCCCACCCCUGCCUCUUCCUGUCACAUGACCUCACGUCCCUUCAGUACACCAGCCAGCCUCACCAUCUCCCUGACAACCCUGAGCGCUUCCACAUGAGUGCAGAGGUCCUGGGCAUGACCGGGCUUAGCUCAGGAAGCCACUGCUGGGUAGUGGAUACAGGAUGUAACAACGACUGGAUUCUGGGCGUGGCCUGUACGUCUGUCACCAGGAAUGCGGAGGUCCAGGCCCGGCCGGAGAACGGGUUUUGGACCAUGUGUCUGCGAGACAGGGAGUACAGAGCGAUGACCUCACCACCAACAGCCAUGACAGUCACAGAGAAACUCAAGAGGGUCAGAGUGCAGCUGGACUGGGACAAGGGCCAAGUGUCUUUCUUUGACCCUGCUGAUGACGAUACACCCCUUUACUCUUUCUCACACAAGUUCACAGAGAAAGUGUUUCCGUAUUUUUAUACGCAAAGCAAACACCCUCUGAGAAUCCUACCUGAGAGGACGUGUGUUACAGUGCAACAGAGUGGGGCAGGACAUCCUUGUACAGUACCCGACUGAUAAUUUUUUACAAUAAAUGAAUUUCUGUCAACUCA